UUAUUUCCACAAUUAUGCCUUUCUUGGUGAUGUUUGUUCAUAACCACUUUUUUUCCUUGAAAAAAUGUUUUAGUGUAUACAUCAAACAUGAGUUCAUGUAAUUAUAUACAGUACACACUUUUUUUCCCUCAUACAACAACUUUUUCUUGUAAGAGAAAAUGUUUGUACUUUUCAUUCUUGGUAAGAUGCCACUUUCCGUCUCUCAAAAUUGAAACUCUUUUCAAGUAAGUGUUGUGAUAGCCGAAUCAUAACUUCAUUCUCUAAAAAUUAAAAGUUUUGGGGGACAAUAUUGUUUUCCGUAUAUAUUUUUGUUCUGCCAUUCAUCAUUCCGCUCUUCCUUAACUAGCCAUAACAACUGAGAAGAAGGAGGCGUGGUUACGCCAAAUUGGGUUGUCUCUCAUUGGCUAACCCCACCAGCCGCCAACUCCCCCAUCACUUUACUGCGGGCCUUCUACCAUUCCGCUCCGCUCUCUCGGACUGCGGUCUUCUUCGGAUUCAUGACAACUUUAUCCGCCGCGAGUGAAAAUGGGAGCGGGGAGCAAGCGACGAGCAGGUGACGCCGCGGAGGAGCCAGUCACACGUCACUACGCCUGAGGCUUCGCUGCCGAGAGGAGAAGCCCCGUCGUGGCUAACUUUGACUCGCCUCACCUGAGCUGGUGUGGUGGUGGUGGUGGCGGCGGAAGGAUCUGCCUGCCCUGCGCCUCCCGAAGCCCGUUAGCUCGCUACCUAGCUGCUGGCUAGCGUCUCAUCGCGACGUGGAAAGCUCCGCGACGCCGCCGCCACCGCUUCGUAGGACGACCUGGUUGGAUGGACCCCAGCCACUAGAAGCUUUAGUUGCAUAUAUUUUCGCUAGUUUUUCUUUUUUUCCUCGCUGUUUUCUCUCUUUUUUAAGCGUCCCUACGAGUUAGCCACUAGUGUCACGUUAGCUAACCAGCCUGCCGUGCCCAUCAAGGUGGACGCUGUCACCCACACGACUUGGCUGGGAGUGUCGGGUUCGGGUGGCGGUCCCCUACCCGAUGUCGAAAGCCAUAAACUGCUCCGCGGCGGGGCAGAGAAGACCGGAAAUAAGUAGAUAGGACUACACCUCAGCGAGAGUACCCCCUCCACCCCCCCAACAGUUUCGAGUGAGCGCCAUUGUUGACUGGACUCAUUAAAAAAAAGGAAAAAAAGGAUGAAGAAGUUUUCCAGAAUGCCAAAGUCCGAGAGCGUUGGCGGUGGCCUCGGGGGAGCGUCCUGCUCCGGGCUCAGCAGUUACUUCGGAAAAGUGUUCGCCGUCGGCCGGUAUCAAGUCACUGUGGAGGAGCUCGUAGCUGAAGGAGGUUUUUCUGUGGUAUUCCUGGCUCGUACACACAGCGGUGUUCGCUGCGCCCUUAAGCGGAUGUACGUCAACAACGUGCCCGACCUAAAUGUCCACAAGCGGGAGAUUACCAUCAUGAAGGAGCUGUCAGGCCACAAGAACAUCGUGGGCUACUUGGACUCUGCUGUCAACACCGUGUCGGACAGCGUGUGGGAGGUCCUCAUCCUCAUGGAGUACUGCAAAGCGGGCCAGGUGGUGAAGCAAAUGAACCUGCGUCUGAAUGUGGGCUUCAGCGAGGCCGAGGUCCUCCACAUCUUUUGUGACACGUGUGAGGCUGUGGCACGGCUGCACCAGUGCAAGACUCCCGUCAUCCACCGGGACCUGAAGGUGGAGAACAUCCUGCUAAAUGACCAGGGCAGCUACGUGCUCUGUGACUUUGGCAGCGCCACCCACAAAGUUCUGCAACCGCACAAAGAUGGUGUGACCGCUGUGGAGGACGAGAUAAAGAAAUACACGACUCUCUCGUACCGGGCGCCAGAGAUGAUUAAUGUGUAUGCAGGGAAAGCCAUCACCACUAAGGCUGAUAUAUGGGCAUUGGGAUGCUUGUUGUACAAGCUGUGUUUCUUCGCGCUUCCAUUUGGGGAAAGUCAAGUUGCCAUAUGCGACGGAACUUUUAUCGUUCCUGACAACUCCAAGUUCUCCCUCAAAUUGCAUUGCUUAAUCCGAUAUAUGCUCGAACCAGAUCAGGACAAGAGACCAGAUAUCUACCAAGUGUCCUAUUUUGCCUUUAAGUUUGCAGGAAGAGACUGUCCUGUGCCAAAUAUCUUUAGUUCUCCCAUCCCCACAUCGUUACCCGAACCUCUGACUGCCACCGAGGUAGCUGCUAAGAAGAGUAUGACUAAAGCAAGAAUACGAGACUCUGUGGGCCCAACAGAAACCUCCAUUGCCCCACGACAGAGGCCUAAAGCGGCGAACAGUAAUGUCCUGCCGCUUGCCACCGUCACGCCUGUCAAGAUGACUAUGGUGCCUUCUGGGCCUGUUAGCAAUGGUCAGAAAGCUCCCACACCUGGUUCGGGACAGCCUUCCGUGCAGCCACAGCCUGGCAAUCAGCAGAACAGAGUCCUGCAGCAGCUCCAGCCAGGCGACCUCCGCCUUCAGCAGCUUCACCACCAACAAGCACUGCAGCAGCAACACAUCAACGCACAGCAACUCCAAUACCUCCAGUACCAACAGGCUGUGCAGCAAUCCAUCCAGCUGCAGCAGCAGCAGGCCUUGCUCCAGCAACAGCAGCAGAUGAUGAUGCAGCAGCAACCAAUGUAUCAGCAGAGAGUCGCUCACACAACUCAGGCCAACCAGGCCGCUCAAGCCCAGUAUGCCGCCAUGCUGCAGCAGUACCAACAGGCUUUUGUUCAGCAACAGCAGCAACAACAACAACCCGCAUACAUGUCCUCCCCUGUGGAGUUCCAGGUACCUCUGGGCUCCUACAAUGUGACCACACCCACUGCUGGGACAGCCCACUUGGGGGCGCCCUCGCCCGCAGAGACAUCCUUCUCCAAUCCCAGGACACCCAUGCUGGCCUCAGACAGCAUCACUCCUCCCUCCCAGAGCAUCAGUCACCCCCCCGACAUGUCUCGCUGGAACCCGUUUGGCGAGGACAACUUCUCGAAGUUGACCGAGGAGGAGCUGAUCGACCGAGAGUUUGACAUGCUCAGAGCAAAGAAUCCUGUGGAGAGAACGGCCAGCAUGGAGGGCGACCGACUCCUACUCUCUUCCGCCAAGUCUCUUCCGACCGAGGACUUGUUCGGCUCGGUGCCAUUUGUGGCCAGCACAGGUUCCGACGCGGCGGCGAGUGAUCUGACGACACCUGAAGUCACCGUCCCUGUUCCUGCCUCCCUAGACUAUCAGCCCCCUCUUACAGUACCCAAAGAGCACAAGUCCAUCAGGAGUAGCAACGGCCAUGCAGGGGACGACUCGGACAGCGACUUCGAGUCCGACCCGCCUUCGCCUAAAAGCAGCGAGGAGGAAGAGGAAGAACCAGAAGAGCCUGAUGAGGACGAAGGCCCGAUCAGUGAACAUGGUGACGACACUGAGCCAGAAAAUCUGGGCCAACGACCGCUCUUGAUGGAGUCUGAAGAAGAUGGCGAGGACGAAGACAAGCGUAGCUCUGACUCUGACGACAAGAUGAAGAAUAUUGCAAAGAAAGAAGGUACAGCCAGGCGUCAAGGCCAGUCCUUUCCUGUUCUGGUGGACCCUCAGGAGUCCCCCGCCUCAAUGGACGUCUUUGGUGCCGUUCCCUUCCUUGGCAAAGAGUCCCCUGUUGGAGAUAUCUUUGCCAAAGCACCUUUCCGACAAGUGAGCCUUGAACAGCCACCUGGCGACGAUUUCGAUGUUUUCACCAAAGCGCCGUUCAGCCGGAAUCUCUCCAAGAACGCCAGUGGCCGGACGCCGCCAGUUUCUCCCGAUCUUGUGGAUGUCUUCGGCUUCGGCCCUUUCCAGCCGGGCGUCCCGUUUCCGACCACAUCAAAGAGCGCCGAGGACAUUUUUUUUCCGAUUGCCGAGGACUCGCCACGGCAACAGAGGUUGAAACAGCGGAGCCUCCAGAAGUUGUCAUCGCGCCAGAGGAAAAGCAAGCAGGAAGCCACCGGGACGGGCGGCGGCAAGCGGCACCAUGGCACCCCCACAGCUGGACGGAAAACUGCUAAACCUGCUUUUCGCACCCCGGAGCGAGUCCGUAGACACAAAAAGGUGAACCGGCGCGACUCGCAGAGCAGUAAUGAGUUCCUAAGUGACUCUAAAGAGAACAUCAGUCUUGACAUCACCAUUGCAGAGGGGAAGGACAGUGCCGAUGGUGCCCAACUCCAAAAGGAUGACAUUUUGGACCCCUUCGGAAGCAAACCCUUCCACCCCCAGGACGGAGGACGAAACGGAGGCAACUACCCAGGGGGCCUCCCUGAAAGCAAGAGUGACCUGGGUACCUCCUGGGCAGUGGGUCUUCAUGGGGACUGUAACGCUAAAGACGAUUUCGGGGCAGUGCCUUUUACGGAGGUGGUGGUCCCUGGUGGACCUCAGCAACAGCCAGUGGAACUGGACCCAUUUGGUGCAGCACCGUUUCCAUCCAAGCAGUGACACUCUCUCGUAUGUCUUCCAUUACAACUGGUCGCUGUAGUCUGAGAUUCUUGUUUAGACAUGGAAUUGAUGCUGCCUGACUCUUUAAGAACACAUAAAUCCUGCAGAACCA